UUAUAUUCCGAUAAUAACAAUGGCGGAAUGGUUAGUGGGUGGGGUAUGAUAUGACUUGAUGUUUCAGAAUAAGAACCACUGUGUUUCAAAAUAAGAACCACUGCGCUUGUCGCACACAUGUGGAAGUGCUAGAAUGAUUUCCGAUACUAUGUCCGGAGUCAGAUGCGGGGUAUUGCUUUUGUGAAUCACUCAGUUUGUGUAUGUGCGUGCUUAUUGAGCUAGUAUUGAAUGUUCGUGCUAAUACAUUCAUGUACUUAGACGGUCCCGAAAAGAGACACGAGUGUUGUUUUGUUGUGUUUACUCAUUAUUGCACUGGACUGUAUCAUGCAAGAACUCGUGUUAUGACGGGAUGACGAUAUUAAAUGACUGUCGUUCACGUGCAAAGAAACACAGGGAGUAAACAAAGAAAAUACGUCAAUUCCAGUGGUAAUCGACUUAAAAAUAAAUUGGACUACGUUGACUGUGGCAUAUAUGUUUCAAUGGCAACCACCGUCCAAUGCGUUCGUCAAGUAGUUUAAAAAGCGAAAGGAAGCAUGAAGUCUAAGCUAAUGAAGCGACAGAACAUCCGGACCUUGUCUCUCAUAGUGUGCACGUUUACGUAUCUACUGGUAGGGGCGGCCAUAUUUGAUGCUCUAGAGUCGAAAGAAGAGGUACGUCGGCGCGACACACUGUUGGAGGAAGAAAUGCGGCUACGUAACCGCUACAACAUCAGUGACAGCGACUUCAACUACUUGCGUCGGAACGUGGAACGUACCGUGUCUUAUUACGCAGGCAUUCAGUGGAAAUUUAGCGGCUCAUUUUAUUUUGCACUCACCGUCGUUGCGGCCAUAGGGUAUGGUCACAGCACGCCGCAGACGACCGCGGGUAAGAUCUUCUGCAUGAUCUAUGCUCUGGCAGGCAUUCCGCUGUGCAUCAUCAUGUUCCAGAGCGUAGGCGAGCGUCUCAACGUCUUCAUUACGUACGCGUUGAAACAGAUGAGAAAAUGUUUAAAGUUGCAAAACCACGAGGUGUCUCAAACCCACGUUAUUCUCGUAACGACACAACUUUCAGUUCUCGUACUCACCGUCGGUGCUUUGAUGUUCGCUCACUACGAGAAAUGGCGUUACCUAGAGGCGUUCUAUUACUGCUUCGUCACGUUGACGACCAUCGGUUUCGGCGACUACGUGGCGCUGCAAAAGAACCAAGCGCUCGAGAAAGAUCCGCAGUACGUCGCGUUCAGUAUUGUUUUCAUUUUGUUCGGACUCACAGUGAUUUCUGCCGCCAUGAACUUACUCGUGCUCCGGUUUUUGACGAUGAACACUGUGGAUGAGCGUCGAGACGAACUUGAGGCUGCCGUGGCAGCCCAGAAUGCAAUUUACUUGGAUGGUGACGUCAUCACCUCGAAUGGGAAUGUGCACGUGGUCUCAAAUGCUCAAGAACGUGCACCUGCUGGCAUGCGCAGUGAUGUCGUUUCCGUUUGCUCUUGCUCGUGCUACAAAUGGCGGUCGAAUCAUAGGGAACAAGAGGAUCGACACAGGAGGAGCGAGAUUUUUACCACCUCCGUUAAGAGUAGCCAUGACAACACGGCUCUUGAUGAUAGCAGUGACGAACGUGACGCAUUUCUGCAGUAUCACUCGAAACGAAGCUCGCUAUAAAGCUUUGAAAAUCGAGUUUCGAUGUUAAGCUACAGAUACAGUGUAGUCGUUAAUAAGUACUAUUUUGCCCUGUACCUGAAAUGUAUUAGCUAAAUAAACUUAUACACUUCUGUAACGUUAGAAUGCAUAAAUACGUAAAUAAAUUAAGUAUAUGUUUAGAAAAUUGUAUAUAUAAAUAACAAGACUAUUGCCAAGCAAUAAAAGUCCCCUACCGGCUCCACCAUUAUCAGAAAUUACACCAUUGUCAGAAUAUUUUUUUAUUUGUUGCCAUAGCAACCAGAAUUUUUGACGUAGGAACAAGAUGAAAUGACGUGCAUAAUGUCCAUAUUGCCAUCUAUCCAUGUUCCAAGUUUCAUGAAAAAAUAUUGAGAACUUUUAAAGUUGUCGCAGGAUCCAGAAAACCACCAUUUUCAGCAGUAUUUCUAGUCUAUUUGUUGUCAUAGCUACCAUAAUUUUUGACGUAGGAACAAAAUGAAAUGACGUGCAUAAUGUCCAUAUUGCCAUCUAUCCAUGUUCCAAGUUUCAUGGAAAAAUAUUAAGAACUUUGAAAGUUAUCGCAGGAUCCAGAAAAGUGUGACGGACGGACAGACGGACGGACUGACAGACGGAGCGCAAACCAUAAGUCCCCUCCGGUGAAACCGGUAGGGGACUAAUAAACUAUAUGCAACAGCAUAAAGACCUCACUGAAGUCUAUGACUGUUUAGUAUCGUGAUGCGAAAGUUAUUAUUAAGAUAUAAUUAGUUCAACAGGUGACUCAAUUAUUUCAGAUGGUAAUUUAAUGACGGAAAACAAUAGGCUAAAUUGGAGUUCGAUAUUCGUUGGUACAAUUUUUUUGCAGAACUAUACAAUGUAGUUCUACCAUUUGACUAAAUAAAUGUAUAAGACUC